CUGAAAUCCCUUCUCUGCUUUGUGCAUUCGGCAUCCAUUUGCUUUGCUUCGUGACUAUCUGGUCAGUGUAAGCUUUCGUAUGGAUAUGUGUUGCGUUUUGAUUCCGAGCCACCAGGACUAAUUACAACCACGCCAAGCAGAGGCUCCCUGCUGAACCGCGCAGCGUCCGCCUGACUUCUCCUCUCUCCCACGCUCCGGCGCGUUUUGCAAAUCAGCUGCAGUCCCGCCUCCUCGACCACCGGAGCCCGGGCCUGGUCUGCAGCUGCGCCGCCUGUAGUUCCUGGGCCCGCCGGCGGGGCUGGCUGUGGUGCGGCGGCGCUCGUCCGCGUUGCCGGCUUCGGCCGUCGCUCGCUCGCCUGCCCUUGCACCAUGGGCGAACGCCGGGCUUGCCGUGAGCCUGGCGGAGCUGCUAGGCCGGAGAGGUUUUCUUCAGAUGCUGUUGAAAAUGGGUUCAAGUCAAAUGAAGAACCUCUCCUAAGAAAAAAUCCCCGCCGAUUUGUCAUUUUCCCAAUCCAGUAUCCUGACAUAUGGAAAAUGUACAAGCAAGCUCAAGCUUCUUUCUGGACCGUAGAAGAAGUUGACUUAUCAAAGGACCUUCCUCACUGGAACAAGCUGAAACCGGAAGAAAAAUACUUCAUUUCACAUAUCUUAGCUUUUUUUGCAGCCAGUGAUGGAAUAGUGAAUGAAAACCUGGUAGAGCGUUUUAGCCAAGAGGUACAGAUUCCAGAGGCUCGCUGUUUCUACGGCUUUCAGAUACUGAUAGAAAAUGUUCAUUCAGAGAUGUAUAGUUUGUUAAUAGACACUUACAUUAAGGACCCUGAGAAAAGGGAUUUUUUAUUCAAUGCUGUUGAAACUCUGCCUUGUGUCAAGAAGAAAGCAGAUUGGGCACUGAGAUGGAUAAACGACAGGGAAGCUACUUUCGGGGAAAGAGUGGUUGCUUUUGCUGCUGUUGAAGGGAUCUUCUUUUCUGGCGCCUUUGCAGCUAUAUUUUGGCUCAAGAAAAGAGGACUAAUGCCCGGGCUCACUUUCUCCAAUGAACUCAUUAGCAGAGAUGAGGGUCUCCAUUGUGACUUUGCCUGCCUAAUGUUUCAGUAUUUAGUGAAUAAACCUUCUGAGGGAAGAGUGAAAGAAAUCAUUGUCAAUGCAGUUGAAAUUGAACAGGAGUUCUUAACAGAGGCCCUGCCGGUUGGCUUGAUUGGAAUGAAUUGUACUCUGAUGAAACAAUAUAUUGAGUUUGUGGCAGACAGGCUGCUUCUGGAGCUGGGCUUCUCCAAGGUCUUUCAAGCUGAAAACCCCUUCGACUUCAUGGAGAAUAUUUCACUGGAAGGAAAAACUAAUUUCUUUGAGAAGAGGGUUGCAGAAUAUCAGCGCUUUGCAGUGAUGGCUGAAACAAACGAUAACGUUUUCACUUUAGAUGCUGACUUCUAGCCCAGGCAUGAGGACUGAGCUGAAAAUGUGUGCUCAUUCAUUGGUUUACUGCAGAAGUGUCUGUUUCUUCUACUUGAGUUGGAAUGUUCUGGGAAUGUUUUUUACCCCAUUUCACACCAUUUUAAUACAAUGUAUUUAUUGCAGAUUGUGAUGUAAGAAUAUUUUUAUUUACUCUGUAACAAAUGUUCCUGCUGUGAGAUCAUGCAACUUUCGUACUUAGUGGAGAUUAAUAUCAUUUUGACAUUUGGGUAAAUCUCUGUUCCUAAUUAUUUUACAAAGGGGUGGCAAGCUUUAAUUGACGAUUAAUCAGAAAAUGAAACAACUUGCAGUGCAAUCCUAAGAGUGCAUUCCCCAGAUUAAGCCCCAUUUAAUAGACCUGAGUAGAAUUCUGAGUAGACCUGCUGAGGAUUUCUCUCUUAAGCUUUAACUUCCCCCAUUCAGUUAUGUUGCAAAUUAAGGACACGCUACAGUCCAAGUGACAGAAGUGUCCUUAGCAUCUUUUCUGUCCAUGAGAAACACGUUUAAGGAUGGCCUUUCCUUCCAGUCUUUAUCCAGAGCUAGCAGUCUUUUGCAUUGUAAACAGCUCUGGCUUUCCUGUAAGAAUCAAAGACAAGUGAUGCUGUCAGUUGAAAUCAAUGCACACAAGUCCUUUGAGGUCAACUUAGCACUACCAUGACUGUUCUUUCUAGCUGGAGGAUCAGAGUUCAGGAGGACUCUAGCAGCUGUUCAUGGACUCUAGAAACUAGUUGCUAUGGUAGACAUAACAGGGAAAAAAAGGAAAAGGGUGCAGCAAUAUUUGUUGUUCCGAGUUCCUUGGAGGAAGAGCAAAAUAAAAUGCAGUAAGUAAGUAAAAUUAAUAACAAAUCCCUGCAAUGUGGGAUAAACAGAAGAAUGGUUUCACAAGCUGAAUCUGUGAAGUUAAAAUAAAAUAUUUUUAAUUCAA